UUUAUGAUUUGUUUUCAUUGUCGACUAGUACACAUUGUAAUCAUUUACUUCUAUUUUUCUCUUCUGACAGACCGUUGCUGGAUCAUGAUGUUGGAGUUUCACAAACUUGCCCUAAUGGUCGGGUUUGCUUGCUGGGCGGUGACGAAUGCAGCGGGAAUACAGGAAGGAAAGUGCAGGUAUGUCCGGCCGGUUCAGAUUAACCUGCAGCUCCUCGAAGGACCCUGGUACGCAGUCCGCAGGGCCAUCGCGGAACCCUUCAGGGAGCAGAAUUCAGACUGCGAGUUCCAAAAACUCUACUUUGCUAAGAACCAAUACGGCACCCAUUUGAGGUUCAAUCGAACAAAUUGUGAAAACUCUCAAUGCGAAUGGACGCUAAUCUACGCGUACAAAAUGCCACGAGCUAGAGGAUCUACGGCCGCUUUUGACAUAGAUUUCGUCGGCCACGGACCCACCUCCAAAACCCCCACUUUCUUCAUUCUUCACCUGGACGACUGGUUUGCAGUCAUGUAUUACUGUCUGAAGUUUGGCAACCUCAAAAUGGAAAUGGCCUGGAUCCUGUCACGUGAACGUUUUCCGAACCCGUAUGAUGUCGACAAGGUUGAACGAAAAAUAUUUCCAUUCGGAAUCGAUGUCGAAAUGGUCAAUAUCAGCCAGGAUAAAUGUCCGAAACACGUGAUUGAUUACAAAGACGAAUUCAGACGAAGGUUGAUCACCUUAACUGCUGACGUGAACAGAGUGGGAUCGAGCAGUGAACAAGAAUUUGCAGAUUUGAAAUAUGCAAAGUUCUUGAAGUGCAUGAAAAAAGCAGUGGUCUAUCAGGAAAUUCAGAAGUGUAUACAGUUGAGCUAUAAAGAAGACUAAAGGACGCUUCUUAGAGCAAAAUUGACAAACUAGAAAAAAUUCAUCAAACACGACUAACUUAGUAUCAAAUCACUCCAAUUCCAUGAGCUAGUUGAAAAAUUGCGCUGUACUUUUAAGAUCAUUUAAGCAGCCCCAUAAAUAAAUUUUAAGUUAAUAACAAU